CUAAGGUAUUCAUAGGUUAUAAACUGGAACGUGAAAUACAUAAUAUUAUUUACAGUCAUGAUUUAAAUCUUGACAAGGAUAAUACCUUAGCUUAAGAUAGUGAGAAGAAUUUGCUUAGGACGAUGGCGGCUGAAAAUUACGAGUUAAGAGACCAAGAUGGAAAAACAAUUCAUGGUUUGAUGACACUAAAUGGCCUGCCACUGCCAACAUUCAGUUCAUCUCCAGAAGACCGAGCUGAUCACCUUCAAGCAGUUAGGGAAUGGAAAUUGAGAGAUGAUGAUAUUAUCCUCUGCACUCUUCCAAAAUGCGGGACUCACUGGUUAAAAGAAAUAACGACCCUGUUGCUGUCGGGAAAGUCAGAAAUGGUGGUCCAUAGCAAUCCUGGAUCUUUGAUAGAAGCCUUCCCAAUCGACAGACUUGACGAGUUCCCUUCACCAAGGGUUCUGUGUACUCAUCUACCAUUGGAGAUGCUGCCAAAGCCCAUCAUGCAAAAUAAGAACAAAGUUGUCAUCGUUAUGAGAAACCCGAAAGAUGCCGUUGUCUCGUAUUAUCACCACCUUCGCAACAUGAAAAUCUUUGACUAUGAUGGACAAUUCAAAUUCUUCAUGGAGUGGUUUCUUGAAGGCAAGCUGCCGUAUGGAUGUUUCUUCGAGAAAGUUAAGGAAUAUGAGCGAUUCGCAAACGAUAAAAGCGACCAGUGCAUCAUAAUAUACUAUGAAAAUCUUAAAACGAACGGCAUGGGUGAAAUAAAACGCCUUGCUCGGUUCCUCGGAGCAAAUGAUACGGAUGAUUUUUGCCAGGCGGUGUUCGACGCCUGCCGUAUAGAAAAUGUUAAAGAGAAACGAGCACAACCAAAGGACGUCCAGGAAAUCAUGUGGAAAACUGGCGGUUCAUUUUAUCGAAAAGGCAUUAUCGGAGAUUGGAAAACACACCUUACUGUGGCACAAAAUGAGCAAUUUGAAUCUAUUAUCGCAGAAAAGAUGAAGGGAAGCAAUAUCAAAUUCAGAUUUGAUUAAAAGCUGGUGGAAUAGAAACGAUAUAACAUUAGUAUCAGUACAACUGUAUAAGGAUUGCUGGUUUAAAUGUAAACAGUAGAGAGGAAAACACUUCAAUAUCACUGAUGAUAAAAACAAUCAGAGAUCGGAAGUUGAACCGAAUCAUAAUUUCUGGUUCUUAAUUUUAUCUCUUAACGGGAAUAUCACGAAUACAUUUUCAUGAAUAAAAAAUCCAUUACA